AUGAACCGCCGUGCCCACAAGAAGUCGCGGAAUGGCUGCGUUGAAUGCAAACGGCGACACAUCAAGUGCGAUGAGACCCGGCCAACGUGCAAGAACUGCGCCAUCAUCGAAAGGCAAUGCGUGUACCGGACUCCUCCGCCUCCGGUGGUGUCCAUCGGCGAGGACUGCCCCGGGGACGCCUUCAGAUCGGGGCCGAGCACCCCGUCAAGGGACUCCGGUUGCUCUCCGCACGAUGAUCUCAAGGGACCCGGGGCUUCCUCAUCUAACCCGGCCCGGGCUUCGGCGCUGGCGCAUUCGGAUAUGCCACUCCAACCUUCCGGGCCUCAGGUGAACAUGGACCACAUGGAGUUUCUUUUCAACUUCCGCGGUGACCUGAUUGUUCCCGAGAUGAGUGAGAGCCUCCGCCAACAGGCGACCGAACUUACCGUCAAAGCCGGCAUAGACGCACCAUAUCUCAUGCAUGAGAUACUGUCGUUCUCGGCCAUGCACCUUUCUCACACCAGACUCGACAGGAAACAGUACUACGUGGAGCAGGCCGUCCAGCUGCAAAAUGAGGCCAUUUCCAUCUUCAACACUACCAAACCAGACAUCAACGACUCGACGUGCGUGGCAAUAGCUAUGUUCUCCUCCAUGCUCGGCCGACACCUCUGCAUCGACGCUCUUGCCAACAGCAGUUCCGGGCUGGACGCCUUCCUCGACAGCUACCUGAACUUCGCUCGCCUCCGCCAACGCGGAGCGUCCGUCCUGAAGGCCGCCAGGCCCGAGCUCGAGGGCUCUGAACUCCGCCCAUUUCUUACCUGGGGCCCGGGAGAAGACGAGCUUGUGGGAAGGGGCCGUGAUUGCGACGCCCUGCAGGGCUUGGUUUCCUCUUCCAACCUCGAUGCGGCGUCCAAGGAGGCCUGUAGACGUGCUGUCGAGCUGGUACAGGUCGCAUACGAUAAUUGGGAGAGACGCUCGAGGGAGCGACUGGUCCAGAUGGUCUUUACGUGGGCGUUCUUCGUCCCGGAAGAGUUUAUCGAGAUGUUGAGCCAGCGGAGACCGGAGGCUGCCGCCGUGUUGGGGAACCACGCUGUUAUUCUACAUCUAGUGAGAGAGCUGUGGCAGGUCGGCGGUUCCGGGGCCAAUUUGCUGCGGGUUAUCACGGAGUACCUUGGCCCGGAGUGGAAUGACAAAAAAACCGCCAAAUUCGACCAGAAUCACGAACAGCUCUACAGCAUGACGCCGCCUCGCCGUCGUUCGGCCCGGUUGGCCAGCGCGACAAACACGCCCAAGCCCAAGGCCAAACAGACUCUCUCUUCCGUCGUCGAGCGCGACGACACUCCUCCUUCCAAGAACGUCGCAGAGAGCUUGAACGCCCUCGUCGUCCCCAAUCACGAUCCCGCCACGCCUUCCUCCUCCACUCAACUGAAGGCUCCUCUGUCGGAGAUGCACCCGAGCAAAGUCCACCCUACAGUCGCACCUCCCUCCGCUACCUGGCUCGGCUUCAGAGACAUGAAGCCCGCCGACAAGACCAACGAUACUCAGGCGACACCGUCCAAGACGAAUGGUGUGCCCGAGUCACCCUUCACCUUCCGCGUUACCCAGCCCGCCGGAGAUAGCGGUUUGAGUAACGAUGCUCAGCAAAUGAUGAACGAGCUGCGCGAAGAAGCUGCUCGAAUCAAGGCUGAAUUGCUCGCCAAGCGCGAACUCGAGAGGGAGGACGAAGAGCUCAAUGGACGAAAGAUUGCCAAGGCUAAGGGCAAGUCGGGUCGCUUCAGCUCCGCACACAUGGCCGAGUUCAAGAAGAUGGACUCUAUCGAAGGUCAUGCUUCAGCCUUCAGAGCCCAGCCGGGCCGUGUCACCCCCCACAAGAGCUCUCUCAAACGUUCUCAGUCCAAGGCCAACUUGGACGAUACCCCUACUCACCCCAAGUCCAGCCUGAAGCGCUCCCCCUCCAAGGCCAACCUCGAGGACACCCCCACCCACCCCAAGUCAAUUUUGAAGCAGCCGUCCAAGCCGAACCUGCUUGCGGCUGGCACUCCCAGUCAGAAAAGCCUUAAGCGGUCUCCCUCCAAGGCCAACUUGGACGACGCAAGCUCGAACGGCACCCUCAAGGCUUCGACUGGACACGCUCCCAGAGCUCGUAUCUUCGCCAACCUCGAGCCUCCAUCGUCCGUCAAGCGUGUUCGUCAGCGCUUCGAGGAUGAUGCCUCGACCGCCCGGCCUGUCUCUCGUGACGGUAGCUCUCUUCCGCGUCCUAAGUCCAGCGGAAACGACGCCCCGACUGGAUCUGCGCCUGCGGCUACACCUUCAACUGGUCUCCGAUCCCAGCCUAGCUUGGCUUCCUUGACCAACCCCACCAAGUCUUCCCUUGCUCGCGCUGCUGGCAGCAAGAUGCCUCUGCCUAGCUCGCUGGCCAAGUCUCCCAGCAAGCCCGACCUCAGAAGUCUUGCCCAGUCCUCUUCUAAGCCUGAGCCUGGCAGCCUUCGAAAGUCGCCUUCUAAGCCCGAGCUUGGAAGUCUUCGGAGAUCGCCUUCCAAACCUGAGCUGGGCAACCUCACAAGGUCUGUCACCACCAACAAUCUGGGUGCGUUGGAGAAGACGGCCGAGCUGAAACGCCGGAUUGUGAGCCCUGGUCGAUUCGAAAGAGUCAAGUCAAUUUUGCGCGGUGGAAAAGGCGCCUUUGAUAAGGCCAAGACUGCCCUUCCUCAGCCUGCUGCCGGCGUCUCUCAGACUCCCGCUCCUCAGGUUGUCGAGAAGGCGCUGCCUGCCGUUCCUUUCACCACUCCUCGGCGCAAGCUAUUUAAGAGAGUUGACUUCACCCCGGAUACUGACCGUGCCAUUGACGCUCCGAACACUGUCGCUCACAAAGCCUUUUCUACCAUCAGCCCCGGACGCAAGCAAGGCGAGGUACAGUAUCCGAACCUCGACGCUGUUCUUGGAAACGUCACGCAGCGAGAGGAGAGCGACGGCUUGUAUCCCGACUUGACUGUUGAGAGCCCGACUACGAAGGCAGCCGAGACUAGCAGCGUCUUGCCUCCGACCGUUCCGGGCACCUUCACCUUCCGCAGCGACCAUACCAUUCGAUUUGCUAGUGCCUCUCCUACUGGCUUUGGCUCGACUGCAGGUCAAUCCAGCGUCCGCCACGUGCGCAGAUCGCUUGACAUGCCCGGUAGCUUCCCUACCAGCUCCGACACCCUCUCCAACAAAGAGAACCGGUCUCCCAUGCAACUUCUCGCUGGAAAGCCCCAUGGAAUGACCCACAAGAAGCGCGCUCGAGCCAAAGAGGAAGAGGGAGACCUUGAAGAGGCUUCAGGCGAGAGAGCAGGCAAGAGACGUAAGGCUGAGCCUGUUCCUGAGGGAGACGCUCUGCUCGCUCCCAGACUCAUGGGAGCUACCCCCAAUACCAUCGGAAAGAAGCCUCAAACUCCUCGAACCUUCGCUUCGCCAAGCCCUACCAAGAAGCGUGCGGGCAUGAGCCUGAGCCGGCUCAACAUGCUUGCAAAGCCGAAGAUGCGCAACUAA